AUGAACUUGAACACAUCUUCCAAUGAUGGACCAAAUGAUGAGGAGCAUGACAGUGCCGAACCCAGAAUCCCAAUCUGGCAGGGGCAAGAUGGUGCCGCGACUGGUACCACUUUUACAAAUCCCACUUCCACACAUCCCACGAGUGGUGGUGAAGUGUUCGGAAGGACCCCCCUGACAACUGAGGACAAGGCUCAUGGAGAGGAGAAGGCUCAUGGAGAAGCCAUAUUGAAAUUGACAGGAUCGGCUGCUUUAUUGGAUAUGGAUGGCAACCGCAAUGCAGCUUCUGAGUGGACAGAAGACGAUGAUACCACAGCCAACAACGCCAUCGACGGAGUCGAAACUGUGGAUUCUGCCAUGGCUGCCCUCACUGCCACGGCUGCUCGGCUUCGCGAUACCCAAAGCAGCGGUCAGUUGUCGUUCUUCCAUCCCAAAAAAACAAAGGCUUCAACAAGCGAAAAGGGUUGCAGAGAUGGCGUCCAGAAACAAUACUGA